AUGAUAAUUGAUGUGCCUGGAGUCGACACUGGCAAUCACUUGGCUGUUGCAAAUUGCAUAAAUAAAUUUCUCGCUAAAAAUUCUCAAAAACAUCAAGCAAAUAAUACUAACUUUCUUCCUGCUUACUUGCCAAGCCAUGUGCCUCCUCCCCAAUCUCACCCCUGGGAGAUCUAUGACGAUUUGAAGAGGGUGUCUGUUUCAAAGGCAGGGUGUCCGGACAAUAUUCCACAGAAGAUCAUCAAUGAAUGUGCAUUUGAACUUAGCCUUCCUGUGUCCCAUAUCAUCAAUGCAUCCCUUGAACAUGGAGUUGUUCCAACUCAGUGGAAGGAGGCCAACGUCAUCCCCCUCCCGAAACAGACACCCCCCUCAAUUGAAAAAGUGAGGCCAAUCUCUCUCACCCCAACACUUGCAAAAUUUGUGGAAAAAAGAGUUUCCAAAUCAAUAAUUAAGGCAAUUGAACCAUUUAUUGAUUCACAGCAAUAUGGGAAUCAAAAAGGUGUGUCGACGACCCACUGCUUGAUAGAUGUGUACCAUAAACUAAUAUCGGAAGCAGAAAAACCUGGUACAGUAAUGUCAGUACACUUGCUUUGA